CGUGUGUGUGUGUACAAGUGUGUGUUUGCCUGCGAGUUUCUCAGUCGAUUCGCGAAAUUGAGAAUAGAAAGAUGGUGCUCGCUAAAUUGUAAGCGUGAAAUAAGUCAUAUAUAAAUAUACCAAAAAUAAAAAGAAAAAACAAUUUUUUUUUUGGCAAAAAGUGGCAACAAAAAUUCCAAUUAAUAGUGGGAAUCAAACGCAAAUUCAAAAUGCAUCCCUCACCGCUGCACUACUCAACGAUGAGGCCACAGGCGCCGGCGUCUAUGGUGCGAGAUUCCAAAAAGGAUGAGCUACGCUCUGCCCCCUGGUAUUGGGGCAGCAUAACCCGCGAGCAGGCCAAGAGCAUAUUGUUUGGCCAACCGGACGGCAGUUUUCUGGUGCGAGAUGCUCAGGCAAAGAAGGGCGAAUACACAUUGACCCUGAUGAAGGAUGGCAACGAGAAGCUAAUCAAAAUUUGCCAAAUGAAUGACAAUUACGGUUUUGUCGAAAACUUUCAAUUCAGCUCGGUUGUGGACAUGAUUAACCAUUAUACGACCAAUUCCCUCAAGAUGUACAACAAAACGCUGGACAUAACGCUCAGUUAUCCGAUGGUCUGCCCCUUCUACGAUGAGGCACAGCCGCAGGGUGAUUUACGUGUGCUGAGCGAACAGUUCAUUCGCUGCUCCCAAUUGCUGUUGCAACAGGAACAGGCGCUCGACCAAAAGAAGACCGCAUUCAAUGCCAUACGCGAGGAGCUGGCCGAAAGGAAGCUGCAGCAACGUGUCUUUGGCAAUGCGGAGAACAUGUUCUUCCGGCAAAUAGCGUUAAUUGAAUCGUAUAUGAUUAAGCCGCCGGUGAAUGCAAGCGGCGGCUCGAGUCCAGCGGCUGCAACGGGCGGCAGUGGGGCAUGUUCGCGGCAGGAUGUGCAACAGCAUAUGCAUGAGAAUUUGCUGCACAUGAAGGAGCACCUGAAGGUGAUGCACGCCAAAAUGGAGCGACUCAAUCAGGAUAUUAAGGCGCGCAAAGAGGAGGAACAACUGCUGGAGCGUCAGAUCAAUGCCAGCAAGCCGGAGCUACAGGAAUUGCAGUUACGCAAGGACAAGCACAUUGAGCGUCUGAAGGGCUUUGGUCUAACCGAGGACGAUCUGAACGUUUUACUGGAGAUGGGCUUCGAUGAGCUGCAACAGAACUACGAGAAGGCCUCCAAUCAGCCGCAUCGCAACGAAUCGCUGUGGCUCAUCAAGGACGCCAAGCGGCACGAUGCCGAGGAGCUGCUAAAGGGCGCGCCCACGGGCACAUUCCUGAUACGCGCCCGCGACGUGGGCCACUAUGCGCUGUCGAUUGUCUGCAAGGCGGGCAUACAUCAUUGCAUCAUUUACGAGACGGAAAGCGGCCUGGGCUUUGCGGCGCCCUACAACAUAUAUCCCUCGCUCAAGAAACUGGUCGAGCACUAUGCCACCAAUUCGCUGGAGGAGCACAACGAUACGCUGACAACAGUCCUGCGCAUACCCGUCCUCUAUUGGACGCAAAACAAACAGCACAUAUUGGAGCAGCUGCAGGAGGAGCUGGAACUGGAGCAGGAACAGGAGCGUCUGGCCCAACAGACAACAUUGAUGCCGCCGCCUUCGGCGAGCAGUGCGCCCAUACCUACAACCAGAUCGCGGGAGCACAGUGGCCAUGAUGCUGUCGAUGCAUCGCUCAGCAGCGAAACGGAAACGCCGCCAGCUUCCAUCUCGCCAUCAAAUUUUAGCACAUCGCAAUAGGCGAUGCCUGGCACACAAUCUCCUCCCUGCCUGCCUGCCUGCCUGCCUCACUCCCUCCCCCCCUUGCUAAACUGUCCAAUCGAAGGCCUGGCCACUAACUCUCAUAGGUAUGCCUGGCCGCCAGGCCCCAAUCUAAAACUAUCUCUCUUAACUAUUAUAAUAUUUAAAAUGAAGAAAAUACCAUGUUUUGUGUGUGUGAUGGCCGCAGUUCAACUGCGUCGCAAACAAGUAAUUUGGUGAUCCAUGUUGAAGUUGUUUAUUAUCCAUAUAUAAACAUAUAUAUAUAUAUAUA